GCGGAUGCGGACCAAGGAGUGGAAGUGGGACGACAUUGCGAAGCGCAUGGCGAACGCGGGGAGGCCUAAAGACGCGGACGACUGCAUGAAGAAGUGGGACAAUCUCUUCCAAAACUACAAGAAGAUACAGAGGUUUCAGAAUGCGAGUGCCCGGCCAAAUUUCUUCGGGCUAUCGAAUGAAGAAAGGAAGGAGCACAACUUCAAGUUCCGGAUGGAGAGGGCGCUGUACAACGACAUCCGCGCAGGCAUGCUGGGCAACCACACAAUUUUCCCUCCCAACGUCCCCGACACCGGAAGUCCGGACAGGGUGCAGCUGCCCAGGCGAGGAGCGGGUGAUGGGGAGUUUGUUGGUACUGAGGCCGCUGGUGAAGGCUUCCCUGAAGAACGUUCUUCUACGAGGGACUCCGACAACAACGCAGCCAGCAGGGCUGGAGGCAGGAAGCGGAAGAAUGCGCGUCAACAUGCGUUGGAGUCGAUUGCUGAUGUCAUGGACCGCCAUGGCGAACUGAUGUCGUCGACGUUCGAAUCGUCUAGGAAGCGGCAAUGCAGCAUAUUCACGAGGCAAUGCGACAUACUUGAGCAGGAAGUUGCAGUCCAGAAAGCGCACUACGAGGCGUCCGAUGAGACGGAGAGGAUGAUGUGCCACUCGCUUAUGGAGAUCGCUGCCGCCAUCCAUGGUCGGUCAGCGAUGUAGGGCGCACGGUGUGUGUGUGUGUGUGUGGGGGGGGGGGGGGGGG